CUCCUUAGCUACACUUUAAUCUGAAUACCAAUAAUCUUUCUACUAUAAACUUUCUUCUUUUCUUCCCUUAGCCCCACUCUCCUUUUGUGCAUAUUUUUUUCACUUCUUCAUAUAAUAAUUGUCCUCUUCAAUUGUUUUCAAUCAUCAAAUUAAUUGUAAGAAUCCAAAAAGGUUCUUCUUCUUUUAUUUGUUUAUUUAUUAGAAUUUGUUGAAAAUUAAACAAGAAAGUAUGGAAAGUGUGUGUGGAUUUGGUGGUCAAGAAGAAGAAAUGGAAUUGCCUCCAGGUUUUCGAUUUCAUCCGACUGAUGAAGAGCUUAUUACACACUAUUUAGCCCCAAAGGUUCUUGAUAGUAGCUUUUGUGCUAUAGCUAUUGGUGAGGUGGAUUUGAACAAAGUUGAACCAUGGGAUUUGCCAUGGAAGGCAAAAAUGGGUGAAAAAGAAUGGUACUUCUUUUGUAUGAGGGACAAGAAAUAUCCAACAGGACAGAGGACAAACAGAGCCACAGAAGCAGGGUAUUGGAAGGCAACAGGGAAAGAUAAGGAAAUAUUCAAGUCAAAAACAUUUGUUGGUAUGAAGAAAACUCUUGUUUUCUACAAAGGAAGAGCACCUAGAGGUGAAAAAACUAAUUGGGUCAUGCAUGAAUAUAGAUUAGAUGGAAAAUAUUCUAUUCAUAAUCUCCCAAAAACUGCCAAGAACGAAUGUGUGAUUUGUAGAAUAUUCAAGAAGAAUUCAGGAGGGAAAAAGAUAGCAAUCUCAAAUCUCACGAGAAGCGAUAGUUUAACAGAUAAUUCGAGGUCUUCAAAUUUGCCACCAUUAAUGGACAUGUCACCAUACAACAACAAUACUCAGAUUACAACAACAGCCAGAAGUAGCGGUGAGACAUGUAAUUCACAUGUGACGUGUUUCUCCGAUUCAGUGGAGGAUCAAAAACCUCAAACUUAUGAUCAUUAUCAUGCUCCUCUAUCGAGUUCCCCUGUUUCAGUCGAUUUCCCUUCAAAUGUACCAAACCAAUCGAUGGCGUACAUGGAAAAUUUCCAGUAUGGAGAUUCUGGAUUGAUCCAAGAUAACUCGAUAAUGAGGCUUUUGAUAGAUAACAAUUAUGGGUCAGAAUCAAAACAAAGUUUGAGGGGUUACGAAGAUCAUGACUUCAAUAUCACUUCAACUGGCCCAGUGGACAUCGAUUGUCUAUGGAAUUAUUGAUAU